AUGAGCGCCGUCGCCCUACCCUUCGACUCAGCCAUGGGUCUUGGUCCUCGACCUGCACCUUUCACUUGGCCUGCUGGUCCCCUCGAGCCCAGCGCAUCGCCAGAAGGUGUUAUCGCUCAGGAGUUUCCAGCGACAUACCACCACGGAUCCGAACCCAGCCUCACUCCUCCCAGCGUGACCAGCUCGUUGACAUCGAGCCCGCCACGACACCACAGCUUCACCCCACAGCAUCGCGAAUUCAAGCGCCAACAAGACCGCGCACGGCGAGACUCGCGACUGGCCUCACGGCUCCGCCGCGUGAGCAGCCAAACAUCGUACAUGGAGUCCCCCAGCAUGUCACCCAUCCCAGACGUCACCACCUCCAUGGAGAUGCCCAGCUACUCUGCCUCGACCGCCCCCGUGUCUCUUCUCUCCGAAUCCGCGCCCAUCGCGCCACAACCCUACAUGCCUUCAUACAGCCCACCACUGCAAGACCCCAGCCAGGCGCAAAUGUUCCCUACAUCAUACGCACACUCGUUACCGCAGAGCUACGGCAUGCCCAUUGAAUACUCAGCCAGCCCGUACCCACCAUCGGGAGGCUACAGUAGCCGUUCCUCAUCACUGUCCAUCGGACAAGAGAGUGGCAUGGUGUAUCAGGUCCCGGCAGCCAUGACUUCUGGCGGCGCUGCGAGCCACACGUCCACGGCCACCUCGCCAGAGGGUAGCCACGUCCGGGUCGUGCAGAGCAGGCCCAAGCCCAAAUGCUGGGACCAUGGCUGCAACGGGCGCCAAUUUUCCACAUUCAGCAACCUGUUGCGACACCAGCGUGAAAAGUCGGGGCAAGCCAACAAGGCAUCGUGUCCCAACUGCGGUGCCGAGUUCACUCGGACGACGGCACGUAAUGGGCACAUGCUGCAUGACAAGUGCAAGCAGAGGAGAAACUCGUGA